AUGUCCUACCUGAGCCGUGCCUGGCGGGCAGCAGCCCCCCUCCACUCGCCAGCACCCUGGAGAAGCCCCCGGCCCUUCAGCAGCGCCUCGGGUCCCACGACCAAGAAGAGCGUCCCGUACCAAAAAACGCUGCAGAAGGAGGGUCCCGGCGAGCCCAGCCGGCCCCCGCCAGCAUCGGCACAGGUGGUGGUGGUGGGUGGGGGCAGCCUGGGCUGCCAGACCACCUAUCACCUGGCCAAAAUGGGGGUGAGCGGCGUGGUGCUGCUGGAGAGGGACCGCCUGACGUCGGGCACCACCUGGCACACGGCAGGUCUCCUGUGGCAGCUGCGUCCCAGCGAUGUGGAAGUGGAGCUGCUGGCACACACACGGGAUGUGGUCAGCCGGGAUCUGCCGGCCGAGACCGGGCUGCACACGGGCUGGGUGGAGAACGGGGGGCUUUUCAUCGCCUCCAACAAGCAGCGCUUGGAUGAGUACAAAAGGCUCAUGUCGCUGGGGAAGGUGUAUGGGGUGGAGUCCCACGUGCUGACCCCGUCACAGACCAAGGACCUGUACCCUCUGAUGAACAUUGAUGACCUGUAUGGCACCCUGUACGUCCCCAAGGAUGGCACAAUGGACCCUGCUGGCACCUGCUCCACUCUUGCCAGAGCAGCAACUGCCAGAGGCGCUACGAUCAUCGAGAACUGCCCGGUCACAGGCAUCCAGGUGAGAACUGAUGAUUUUGGGGUGAAGAGGGUGCAUGCAGUGGAGACGGCCCACGGCACCAUCCAGACUGCCUGCGUGGUGAACUGUGCAGGAGUGUGGGCACGGGCCCUGGGCCGGCUGGCAGGCGUGCACGUGCCGCUGGUGGCCAUGCACCAUGCCUACGUGGUGACCGAGCGCAUCGAGGGCAUCCAGAACAUGCCAAACGUUCGCGAUCACGACGCCUCGGUCUAUCUCCGUCUCCAAGGCGAUGCCCUUUCUGUGGGUGGAUAUGAGUCAAACCCCAUCUUCUGGGAGGAGGUAUCUGAAAAAUUUGCUUUUGGCCUCUUUGACCUGGACUGGGAUGUUUUCAUGCAACACAUUGAAGGUGCUGUCAACAGAGUGCCAGUUCUGGAGAAAACAGGAAUUAAAUCCACUGUCUGCGGGCCAGAGUCAUUUACAGCUGACCACAAACCACUCAUGGGAGAAGCUCCAGAAGUCCGAGGGUUCUUCCUCGGCUGUGGCUUCAACAGCGCUGGGAUGAUGCUGGGAGGUGGCUGUGGCAGGGAAUUGGCUCACUGGAUCAUCCACGGCCGGCCAGAAAAGGACAUGUACGGCUACGACAUCAGGAGGUUUCACCACUCCCUGACCGACAACAACCGCUGGAUCCGGGAGCGCAGCCACGAGUCCUACGCCAAGAACUAUUCCGUGGUCUUCCCCCACGAUGAGCCCCUGGCAGGACGGAAUGUGAGGAAGGACCCCCUGCACGAGGAGCUUCUGCGACAGGGCUGUGUUUUCCAGGAAAGGCACGGCUGGGAGAGACCUGGCUGGUUCAGCCCUGGGGGAGCAGCCCCGGUCCUGGAUUACGAUUACUACGGCGCCUACGGCCGCGAGCGCCACGGGGACUACACCUACAACCGCCUGCUGGGGGAUGAGUACACCUUUGACUUCCCCCCUCACCACGACAUCAUCAAGAAUGAAUGUUUAACGUGCAGGAACGCCCUGGCUCUCUUUGACAUGUCUUAUUUUGGGAAAUUCUACCUGGUUGGACCUGAAGCUACCAAAGCAGCCGACUGGCUGUUCAGUGCUGAUGUGAGCAAAGCUCCAGGCUCCACCGUGUACACCUGCAUGCUGAACCAGCAGGGCGGCGUGGAGAGCGACCUGACCGUCAGCAGGAUCAGCCCCGGAGCGCCGGGCUCCCCCCUGGCCCCUUCUUUUGAAGGGGAUGGCUACUACUUGGCUAUUGGUGGGGCUGUGGCUCAGCACAACUGGUCCCACAUCACCACCGUGCUGCAGGACAUGAAAUUCCAGUGCAAACUCCUCGACUGCUCAGAGGAGCUGGGCAUGAUGAGCAUCCAGGGCCCUCUGAGCCGUGUUGUUCUCCAAGAAGUGCUUGACACUGACCUCAGCAACGAGGCCUUCCCCUUCUCCACACACAAAAUCACCACGGCUGCAGGGUGCCAGGUCCGUGCCAUGAGGCUGUCGUUCGUGGGCGAGAUGGGCUGGGAGCUGCACGUGCCCAGGGCUGACUGUGUGAAGGUUUAUCGGGCGGUGAUGCAGGCAGGAGCCCGGCACGGCAUCGCCAACGCCGGCUACAGAGCCAUCGACAGCCUCAGCAUCGAGAAAGGGUACAGGCACUGGCAUGCUGACCUGCGCCCCGAUGACACCCCGCUAGAAGCAGGUUUGGCCUUCACCUGCAAGCUCAAGUCCAGCAUCCCCUUCCUGGGCCGGGAGGCUGUGGAGGCUCAGAAAGCCAAGGGCAUCUUCCGCCGCCUCGUGUGCUUUACCACAGAGGAGAAGGUGCCCAUGUUCGGCCUGGAGGCGGUCUGGAGGGAUGGGAACGUGGUCGGCCACAUCCGGCGGGCAGAUUUUGGAUUUGCCAUCGAUAAAACCAUCGCCUAUGGUUACAUCCGUGACCCUGCAGGCGGCCCGGUUUCCCUGGAUUUUGUGAAGAGUGGUAGCUACGAGCUGGAGAGGAUGGGAGUGACCUUCCCAGCCCGAGCUCACACCAAGUCCCCAUUCGACCCCGACAACAAACGCGUGAAGGGCUUUUACUGA